GGCUGCGAGGAAGAGGAAGAUGCCUUGGGCCCCCCAGGCAGGCCCCGAGCUGAGGCCGGAGAGCCCGGAGGACAAAUCCCCCCGUGAGACCCUGGUGGGAGAGGCCGUUUUGAAGGGCUCCCCGGCGCAGGAAGGCAGCGGGGAGGAAAAGGGCCGGAGAUCCCCCCGCAGGAGGGGCUCCAAAGCCAGCCCAGGGUGCUCUGAGGAGGAAAGACCCAGCCUGUGCCGGGAAGGCGGCCGGAGCUUGAGGGGGAGCUCUGAGCUGGUGGUCCCUGAGCAGCCUCCCAGCAGGGAGAAGCCCUUCAGGUGCUUGGAAUGUGGGAAGAGCUUCAGGAAGAGCUCUGACCUCCUCACCCACCUGCACAUCCACACUGGGGCACGUCCCUACACGUGUGGGGAAUGUGGGAAGAGCUUCCACUGCAGGUCCUACCUGAUCCAACACCAGCACAUCCACACUGGGGAGUGGUCCUACAAGUGUGAGGAAUGUGGGAAGAGCUUCAGGCAGAGGUCCACCCUCAUCAAUCACCAGCACAUCCACACUGGGCAGAAGCCCUACAAGUGUGGGGAAUGUGGGAAGAGCUUCAGGCAGAGCUACAAAAUGUUCCUACACCAUCGCAUCCACACCGGGGAACGGCCGUAUACGUGUGGGGAAUGUGGGAAGAAGUUUCAGACCAGCUCACAUCUCCUCAGCCAUGAGCAGACACACACGGAUGAGAGGCCCUUCUGCUGCAGUGACUGUGGAAAGGGCUUCAACCAGAACUCCACCCUCAUCAGGCACCGGCGCAUCCACACCAGGGAGAGGCCCUACAAGUGUGGGGAGUGUGGGAAGAGCUUCACCCAGAGCUCUAAGCUGACCAGACACCAACGGACCCACCAGUAAGAGAAGCCCUCGAGUGCCCCAACUGCAGGAAGAGCUUCAGUCUGUGCUUCUACCCCGAAUGAACCCCCUGAUUGGGAGGCAACCCCUGGAGUCCAGUGACUGUCAGUCCAUCCCUUUCGACCCCAAAGGGCCAGUCCCCUUUCCCAGGGACAGCUUCUUCCAACAGAACCCUUCCUGAGGGGUGUGUGGAGAUUCCUGCCUUGGCUGGGGACCCCCCAAGGU